GAAAUGGUUGGCCAUCAUGAACAUGAAAUCAAAAUACCGGAUUACAGAAUAUAUAAAGUUGAUAACGUACCGCAACUUGUGAAGGUGAAGAAUAUUUUAGCUACCGAAGGACUCAAAGAUCCGUGGUUGAGGAAUGAAGUUUGGAGAUAUCCUCCAAAUCAUGGUAGUCGUUAUGCACAAUAUUUCAAAUGUUGGUUCCGCAGUAAACGUGGGCUUACAAUUGCCUGUGGAUUAGCAGCUUCUAUUAUUGCUGUGGCAAAAACCUAUGAACAUUUUUAUCCAUCAGUUCAUCAUCACAAAAAGCCUUACUUUCCAUCAUCCAGUGUUUAAUUUAAGAUAAUAGUA